ACAGUCGACAGCAUUCGAAUUUCGUUCAUGCUCAUUAGUAUCACCUUUGUAGCAGUCUAGCAGACCAUUUAUACCACGCUUGAAAUUGAAGUGAACAUUGAAGUCAAAACACAGACUGCUCAGUAGCAACAAGACUUCCCGAAGCUAUUCUUUAGUUUUAAAAUUGUAUCAGUAUAUCAUAAAAUCAGAAACCUUUUUUACUUUAAGACAAUGGAACAAGAUUGGGAUAUCAGCAGUUAUAGGAAUAAAUAUGAACCAGAUGAGCAAUGGGAAAUGAGAAGAAAGUUUAUGGAGGCAAAUAAGCAUAACCUGCCUGAAGAUCGAGUUGUAUGUCUUGCUCAGGUUUUGGUGAACAUGGAAUUUUUGGGAACAAAAUAUCCUAUUGAAACGAUGAGAACUGUUAAUGAACUGUCACAGGAGAUUAUUGGAGAAUUCAGGGAACGACAGAAGUCUAGGCUGCAGAGGACAUUUGUUGGUGGUACUGAUGCUGCAAGUGCAAAAGCAAAUGGUAAACGACCUGAUGCUAGCACAUUGAAAUCUCAAACAGAAAUGAGAAUUGCAGAAUCAAACGCAUCAUAUUUCUUGUCUGCUAUCCUUUCUAGUAGAAGCGCUGUUGUAAAAGAAGAAACCACGUUAAAACAAGAAGAAACUAGCAAAUUGAAUACGUUAACAGUAGCUUCAAACGGAAAUGACAGUAAAACGGAAUCACGCAAAAGGAAAAAGAAAAAAGUAGCUCGCUCUGUUGAAGAAACACACACGGACAAUGUUACAUCCAACAGCGACUGUAUGGUAACGCGGGAUUCUUCGCAAGUUUCUCGUCAAUCAGAGGAAAUUGGUGAACCCAUCUGUAGAAAGAAAAAAAUUAAAAACAAGAGUGUUGAAAUUACAAACCCAAAGCUUUCAAAUUUCGUAAUAAUAAUGCUUAAGAAGGAAAAAACAAGAGUCACACGGAGUGCCUCUGGCGAUACUCUUUCGAAACCAAAUUACCGACAAAUAAUUGAAAAUUCUGCCCGUUUAUCUGCUGUUCAGCUACAAGUCGUAACAAAGUUUUCGGAUAAUCAGAAGAAAUGGGAAACUGUUCUUCUUUUGGAUGGUAGAAAAAUUGCGUCGUCGCUUCACGAAAAUCAGAAAUUGUCUGCAAAAAAUGUCUCUAAACUGGCCUUUAUCAAUUUGGAAAAGACCCACUACCAAAUUGUUGUAACUGACACCAAGUGUGUUUCAGUUGGGCACUUCAUGUCGCAAGAAGAAGAUGCCAGGCUAACACGAGCUGAAAACAUGUUGAGUACUAAGAUUACAAAAGAAGUUAUGAGAGGGAAAGCAAAUUCAACUCAAGAUUGUUCCACUGACCACGCUUUUGAGAUCUUAUCAAAAGGUGAGACUACCAUCACACAACCAGUUCAGUCUACGUCUGCUAUGAGAAUGAUGAAAUUGAUGGGUUGGACUGAGGGGACCGGGCUUGGACUGCAAAAGCAAGGAAUUGUCGAACCGAUAAAAUCUGACGUGGUUGUUGGCAGAAAGGGUAUUGGUUACCACGACGGUUCCAGAAAUGCUGAACCAUUUGCAAAAAGUAUUCGUCGCUACCUACAGAAUUAUAAAAACAGCGCUUCAGUCCAUAAUAUUGUAUUUUCCAGUGAGUUUUCCAGUGAAGAGAGGAAGUUUAUUCACGAUGUUGCUCGUAAAAUGGGAAUGCUCUCUUCCAGCAUUGGCAAGGAGCCUAAACGUCAGUUGACUGUCCGUCGCUCCCCCUGUAAACCUCGCCCUUUAAUUGAACUACUUAAUCGACUCAUAGAAUCAAAACAAUCAGAUCCUCUCUUUUCUAGAAUCAAUCUUAUUUCACCAACAGGCUAGCUUCUUGAAUAAUAUUUUUGCUUGUGAAUCCCAAUAAAAUGCGUUGGAUUUCACAUUAAA